CACAGCCCGCGUCAGUCCACAAAGGAAUACCGUUCAAGAUGUUUCUGCUAGUGCUAAUGUGCCUCGGCCUGGCCGCUGCCGCUCCUCACUUCCGCCACCACCAUGGACAUCGUCAUGGCUUCGACGAGUUCCACAUGGACGACUUCCAUCCCGCUUUCGGCCAAGACAUGUUCGACACCAACCGAUUUUGGAUAGAUAUUGAAGCUGAGCUCAGGCAACUAGACGAUCUCAUGAGGCAGGUGCACACCCGUUUCCCUGGAGCUCAGUCCACGGCUGGAAUCGUCGACAACCAAUACAAAGUCACGAUACCUCUAACCGGCUUUGAGGAAAAAGAGAUAAUCGUGAAGGCGCGCGAAGGCGUCCUGAUGGUGCAAGCGACCCAUAACACUGAAGAUGGUAUCGGGAAGAACUAUUUGGAAGUGCGGUCUAUGCCGGAGAGUGUGGACGUUGCUGGUGUUUGGACUUACGAAAAUGAAGUCCUAACUAUCACUUUCCCUCUGAAACAGACAGCCACCCUCCCUACCACUAUCGUCCCUCGUGGAGAGGCACAACCAGUGACUGAAGAAUCUACUGUUACCGAAGCAAUCGAGAAGACAGAAGACCACACUGAUGACGUCCAAGAUGCUGAUGUUGGACUGAGGAGUGACUUCGAUAAAGAACACGACAUUCAGACCAAUGAGAUCACCAAAGUACCUGUUGAAGCCACAACUUACGCUGUAGACUUGAAGAACCAAUACGAAUUUGUGCCUGUACACUAUUGAAAUUGAAUGUAAUAAUAAGUUUAUUAUUAAAGUUAUUUAUUUGUAAAA